CUGAAUUAGUCCAAUAUUUCGAUGAGCCGAAUUUGUAUUUUAAUCUUCCUGUCAUCUUUCCUCGUCCAAAACAGCUCACAAGAGGAUAAAGCGGACUGCACGUCAGGACAGUUUUACGAUCAAGACACCAAGAACUGUACAAUAUGUGAGUUUACCUCCGGUACCCUUUACAGUGAAGACGGUGCUGAAGAAUGUAAACUAUGUCCUAAUAAUGGUGCUAAUUGCAUUUGUGAUACGACUAGCCCGGUGCACUACCUGCCAGAAGGAAGAAAUAUCAGCAAACUAGAGAAGUUUUGUUUUACUGAAGAUGACCAGCUCAUCUGUUCCCGGGACUGUUACAUUCAGUCACGACACGCUCUUAAGGGCUGUGAUAUCAACUGUGAUGAAGAACUAAACAUUUUAGACUGCAAUUGUGAUAAUAACAUAAGAACAAAGGAGUCAUGUUUGAAAAGGAAAAACUUUACAAAAGUGUGUUUUCAAAAUGAAUGUGAUGGACCGAGAUACUACGACGAGUUCCUGGGUCCGGAGCUACUGGCAACCCUCGCCUCCUGCUACAGACAGUACAGGGCUAAUAACACGUGCAGUAAAUCAGAGUGCGCGCAGGUGCUCUCUGCUUAUCUUCCUGAUCUGCAGACGUGCAAUUGUUAUCAUACCUAUACUUUUAAAAACCAAGUUUCCGACGGGACUGCGGACUGUGAAGGUCGAAGAGAUUUCUUCAUCCAGAUGGAGAAUUUGUGCACAGACGAACCUUCUCAUACCAGUCUCACUCUUAUCAUAAUAAUAAUCAUGGUGGGAGUAUUCUUAACAAUUGGUAGUCUGUUACUCGGACGAUGGUCUGCGGUUAAUUAUGCAAGGAAGCUGAAGAAAAGCGGAAAAAUCGGCAAGAUAAUCCGAUUUGUUGACUGGCAAAAUAUAACUCCCCUGGGAGCAGCUGGGUUGGUGUACGAACAGGAGAUCAAUAAAUGUUCAAAUAAAAAGUUCAACGCGGACAUGUUACACAACAAAGAGAUUCUCCUGCGGGUUCAAUUCAGUUUGUUAGGAGGUUUUGGUAUCCAGUCCCAGCAUGUCGUGUUGAAGAUUUUCUCAGAAUCGCAGUCAGAACAGCAAGGAAUUGAACUUGGAAUAUUUAACUCAAUAUCUAAUAAAGAGAAGGCUAACAAAAGCAACAUAAUAGCAGUUUAUGGUCCGCCAAUGAACGUGGACAAUUCCGACCUGAUAAGAUUUUUAGAAACUCUUAUUGAAAAAUCCAAGACUUGCGCAGCCUUAAAAGAUGUGAUUGAAAGGAAUUAUAUUGGUUGUACUGGAGGUUUUCGUGAUAAAAUAGAAACUCCUCGAUGCAAGUAUAUCAUGAUGAACCACUGUAACGAAUUAUCUCUCACCGAGUUUAUUAAAACACGACGUCUCACUCUUGACUUAGCGAAAGAUCUCGCCAAAGAUCUCGCUAAAGCUCUGGAGUACCUACAUGAGGUAAACGAGCCGACUAUAGUACAUUGUGAUGUUAAACCAGACAAUAUUUUUGUAAAGAGCCGCAAAACGACAUCAUUCAUUCUCGGAGACUUUGGUUUUGCGGAAAGGUAUGAGAAUCAGACAUUUACCCUAAGAGGUAGCACGCCCAGUUACGUCCCUCCAGAAUGGUAUUUGGGGCAUUUGGACACUAAAAUUAGCGAUACUGCAGACCCACUCGAGCUUCAGCUACGAAAUGAUCGCGUUUCUGAACUCCAAAAGAGACUUUUUAGAGAACGCAGUGACAGACCCUGCAAAAUAGACAUUUACUCGUACGGGCUGAUCAUCUGGUUGUCACUCCACAAUAAAACUGAACCGUGGACUGAGGAAUCUUCCAUUGACUGGAAACAGUACCUUCAUGAUCAUAAUCAAAAUCAAAACAACCACAGAAACAGAACCUCGAAAGAGGUAUUUCUCAGAGACCUAUUUAACGAUCCUGAUAAGUUUGAAACCAGACCAACAUGUCGAGAAGAUGAAGUUUUGAACAAUAACCCAGAAUCUAAACUAUUGCUUGAGCUUGCGAAAGAUUGCUGGCAAGUUGAUUCUGGUCAGAGACCAUCAUCAUCAGAAAUUCUUCAGAGGGACGUUUUUAGGGGGAAGUCAAGAAGAUGUCAUUAUCAGAAUAGUGCGGUUUAAAUGAUAAAAUCGUUGAACUGCACGCUAUAAAUUUACUGUUUCAGUAUAUAAAAGCUAUAUGUAUAGCUAUGUUUCGAGCUCCGU